UAUAUAUAUAUAUACAUAUAUCUACUUACACAUAUACACCCAUAUAUAUCCCUUCUCUGUUUCUCUCGAUAUUAUUGAACGGGUUAAGUUCGUCAGGGCGAGAAAAGAAAAAAAAAACAUUGUACGAGAAAGGUUAUAUAUAUAUAUUGUUUCUGUUUCUGUUUUACUCGGUUCUCAAAACGUGGCGCGUGAUUUUCUUCUAAAGAAACACACACGACAUACGUAUGUAAGUUUUGAGGUUAGGAAGAGUCAGACUUUUUCAUUCGUAAAUUUUUUCUCAUCGUAUUUUAUCAUUUCAAAUUAUUGCUCGAUUUAAUCUCGAUGUGUUUUAUUUAGAAGAAACAAAGUAGUGUUUGUUGUUACGCAAAGAGAAACUGCAGGUGUGUGUUGUUUAGUUUUUCAUAUUCGGACGCGCCCGCGCACAUGUUAGAAGGAAUAAAAGAGAGAGAGAGAGAGAGAGAAGGGUAGACAACAGAGAGGGUAGGUCAUCGUGUAGAGAGUAGUAGAGACGUCGCUUGAAUCGAAACACUGCAGCCUGGUGAGACUAAGACGAACGACAACGAGCAACGAAGACACCAUCAACAUCGAUAGAAACGAACUGAGUUUAAACGUUGAAGAAUUAACAGUGUGCGAGAGGAAGACAGAGAAAGCGAAAAGGGGUACACGACCGUUGGUUAUGUUCCAUUGGAAAGAAGAAGAGACUGAGAGAGACUUAAUGCCUUAGGAUAGAAGAAGAAAACAGCAACAUUCUAUAAGUCAUACCAAUGACGUAAGAUUUGAAAUCAAUCUUAACGGAACUAAAGCUAGAGGAGAAAGAAAUCUCUAAAGAUAUUACAUCAUAUUUUGGGUAAAAACUCGGAAACAAGGGUGAUAAGACACGUGACGUAUUUCCAGAAGAAAGCACAAAAGGGAAAACCUGAAAAAGAAGCGAAAAUGGGUGAAAAACGUGGUACGAAAGCUCUCGAGCUCUGGUGCAGACGAAUAACCGAGGGUUAUCCGGGUGUAAACGUACAGAACAUGACCACCUCCUGGCGAGAUGGACUUGCAUUUUGCGCCAUGAUUCAUCACUUUCGUCCCGACCUCAUCGAUUUCAACAGCCUUAACAAGGACGACGUCUACGGGAACAACGAGCUGGCAUUCAGAAUUGCCGAGCAACAUUUAGGAAUCCCCGCUCUUUUGGACGCCGAAGACAUGGCUUCCUGUUCCGUGCCCGAUCGAUUAUCGAUUCUAACCUAUCUCUCGCAAUUCUAUCAAACCUUCAAGGGAUCAUCUCCAAGCCGUUUAGCGACGAACAGAACAGUCGAAACAACGGAAGAAAGAAUCGCCCCGGUUCCAGAAUCACCAAAAACCAAGGUGGGGUCGCGUCUGGGAAUGCGUCGAGAUCCGUGCGCGUCGUGCGGACUUCCGGUGUUCCUUGCGGAGAAGCUGGUGAUCGGACACGCUGCUUACCACCGUACCUGCUUCCGUUGUGCCCGUUGUGGGCACCAAUUGAUGCCUGACAAUUAUUACGAGACCGAGGAGGGCCAGUAUUGCUGCGAGACCUGUCCCGACGAGGAGAGAACCUUUUUGUCGACAUCCACGUCUUCGUCGUUGUCUUUAUUGGCAAAUCGUCGUUUAGACAAUUUUAGCGACAAAAGUAACGGAGAACAAGAAGACGAAGAGGAGGAAGAAAAAGAAGAAGAAGAAGAGAUAGAAGAAGUUGAAGGUGGAGAGGUGGUUGUUGAACAGGUUGAAGAAGUUGAAGAAAAAGCGAAAAUGGCGGACAUAGUGGAUAACCGAGUUUCCGGUUACGGCCACCGAAGGUCUCUCAAUGAUGGGGAAAAAACUGAACGGAAAAUGGUAUUAGAAUUAAAGGACGAUGAGGAAGUCGUUCUUGCUAGGAAACGAUCGGUAGACGCACAGAUACCAGAUUUGAUAUCGCAGACCUCGCGAAUGAGGCUCGACUUUAUGGCGAGUCAAUUAUUCUCGGAGAAAAAUCUUGAAAACAGAGAGAAUGUUAAUAAUGAUGAUGAUGAUGAUGAUGAUGAUGUUGGUGAUGAUGUAGAUAGAACUGUGAAGAAGAUAUUUUCUGGAGAAAAUAAUGAAGAAUUAAGGGAGGAAGAUAAUGAUGAUGAUGAUGAUGAUGAUGAUGAUGAUGAUGAUGAUGAUGAUGAUGAUGAUGAUGAUGAUGAGAAUGAGGAAAAGGAUAAAAAGAAGAAGAAGGAAGACAUUCGUAUGGAGGAAUCGAUGAAUCUCGAUGACCGACCUCGACCAAGAUCGUCAAGUAUCGAAGAUACUACCAAGAAUUCCAAAGAGGAAGCCAAUCUGCUUCCAAAAUCGGAGUCAAUUAUUAUUACUUAUUCGAAUUACUCAGCGACGACACCUUCGCAAGAUGAAACGACGCUUUCGCUAAGUGAUUCGAAUAAAGUUCAAAUACCGUCCCCGCCUGUUAGAGCACACAGGAGGAACAAUGUGCCAAAGGAGGAUAUUGUUAAGGAUAUUGUUAAGAGUCCCAUAAAUGAGAGUAUCGAGUAUAGGGAUGAUAGUGGAAUUCAAGAUUCUAUAGUUGAUGAGUCUGUUGACAGCGUUACUUUCUUAACUACUCAUGGAAAUGAUCCUUGCACCAGUAAACGAUAUCCGGAAGAAUUGAAUCCUUUUAAAAGCGACGAAGAAAAUGAGGAUGAAUAUCACAGUGUUUCGAAUGCCGCUCAAAAUAUUAGCAAGAUCUCGACGAAUCCAUUUGACGAUGAUAUUGCUAAUGAACAAGUGGAUGAAGAUAAAAUCGAAAAAGAGGAGGUGCUUCCUUUGCCAGCAUCGAAACCAAUUGUUUUACCAGCCAAACGGCGUUUGACUGCACCACAAAUCAGUCUCAACCCGUUCUCCAGUGACGAGGAAGAUGAACAUGAUAGUGAUACGGAGAACAAACGAGGGCUCGUGGUACCUGGUACAGUACCUAUACCUAAACCACGUACCAUCACAAGUACAGCCGAGUUAGGAUUGACUCUACGUAAAUCGGAGUUAAAUCGUAAAGGCGUUUAUGCAUCAAACAGUUCCAUAACUAGUUCGGAAUCAACCUCUACGCCAGGUGGAACGUAUAGAAAGAAAAAACCAGCACCGUUGCCACCGACGGCCAAAGAACUGUUCCCUUCCCCUGGCUAUCGCAGCGUGUCUCCUCGUACUACACCACGAACACGAAAGACGAAGCCAGCUCCUCCUCCACCUAUAGUUACGAGCACUCCUAAUGAAUCAGUCAAUGCUCCUUUGCUUCUUGAAGAAUCAGCGAUAAUUCAGGCCGAUGAUAUUGCCAAUACUCGUGUUAAUAUGUGGGAAGAUCAGAAAAAUAACAAGGACGAAGCUAAUAGAAAUAGACAGAGCUUGACUAGUAUUUCUUGCUUAGAAAGUCCUCCAUUUAAAUCUUAUCCGGAUAAGAGUGUUCAAGGAAAAUGGAAGAGGAAGAAGGGUCCGGCGCCACCGCGUCCAACGCCACAUCGAAGAAAAAUUAAAGUUAUGUCAAUGAAAGAUGUCAAAUUAGAAUUGGAUGAAAUAGAAUUACAGCAACAAGGAUUGGAAAGACAGGGUGUACGUUUGGAACAAUUAAUUAGAGAUAAAUGUGAAACUGGACCUCGAGCCGAUGAAUCUUCUCUCAGUAUGGAUGUUGAAGAAUUAAUUUUGGAAUUAUUUGCUUUGGUAAAUGAAAAGAACGAAUUGUUUAGGAGGCAGGCCGAAUUAAUGUUACUUCGUAGACAACAAAGAUUGGAAGAGGAGCAUGCUGAUGUUGAAUAUCAAAUACGUUGUCUUAUGUGCCAACCGGAAGCUACAAAAACUGAUUUUGAUAAACAAAGAGAAGAAGCUUUAAUACAAAGGUUGGUAGAAAUCGUAGAAAGGCGAAACGAAAUAGUAGAAUGUUUAGAAAUGGAUCGUAAAAGAGCAGUUGAGGAAGAUAAAAGUAUUAACAAACAUAUGGGAUUAUUUGCUGCUAGAAACAAAAGCGACGCUACCAAUAGUAACAAUGAUUAUUCUCCUAAUUCGAGUAAAACGAAAAAAAGUAAGAUAAAGGAGAAAAUUAAAGAGAAGAAGUUUAAAAAAUUAUCUAAAAAGGAUGCCGAUAAGGACGUGGAUGAGACUGAAGUGAAACUCAAACGCCAUAACAAACGGAAAUGGUUUUGAGUUUAUUUACAAAUAUUAACUGUUAAAUAUUACUAGCUAUAUUAAAAA